GAUGAACAAAGACCAAUCUUUAGCCUUCGAAUUAGGAACCGACGGAUUGUGAUGUGAUUUUCACAAGUGCAUUCCAAACCUGGAUAUAUUACAUGAAUAUGGCCAACGCUUAAUCGAAGUGUGAACAAGAUUUUCCGAAUGCAAACUGAAUGGGGUGUUGGAUAAUAAAUUUAGUGCUGAAUUUAUUUGAAUUGUGCUGAAGAAUUCAAAAAGAAGGUAUAAAAAGUGCAAAAGUGUAAGAAUCGGAGAAGGGUAAAGAAAUAAAAAUGUCCAGUCGCGUACGCAAGCAGAACGAGCCCAUGAAGGCAUUUGUUCCAGUAAGUUCACUCCUGGUCCGUGGUUCCGGUUCGCUGCACUGCGCGACGGCUUCCGGUGGUGGGGGAGGAGGUUCCGGAAUAGGUUCAAAAUCUCUCUCCGCUACCCUUUCUCCUCCCAUCAGACACAUCUCACCGGAGCAUGCCGUCUCAGGAAACCGGAGUCCGGGGGCUCUUACUUAUAAAGGAAAAUUAUUAACACUAAAUGAAGGUUCGAUGCGUCGCACGGCGUCCCUCGAUGCACUCUAUUUGCGUCCUGUUCCAGCCUGGAGUCAAGUUACAUCGACUUUACUGCAACUCGAUAAAGCAACCCAGACUGAUGAAUCCUUUUUGGAGCGCACACGAGGCAGCACAUGGAUGCCUAGCACUGGCACUGGUACUGGACCAUCGGCGGAUGCAUCACCAAUUAUCACCCGUACCGAGGUGACGACACCGACUGAUUUGAAAAUGGAAAAAGUGAUAAGACAAAGACUGCAGCGCACACAUCGCGGAGAACAUUCAGUUAGUUCGCAGACAUUAAGUCCAAACCAUGCUAAAGCCAGCCCAGUUUCUAUACCUCCACGUACCUGUCCACCUGUUCACAUGCGACCGAUGCGUAGCUCGGUAGAGGGCUUGAACCAGGAAAUAGAGAAACUGGUUCUCUAUACCGGGCAACCGCAUACUUGUCGGUCAGAUCUGGAAAUGUUUUCUCGCGGAACUCCGGAAGGACACCGCGCUCCGCUGGCAGAGUUGUUUCACGCCGCCGCCGGAGGUUCGACUGCCCUGAGCAGCGAUACCCGGACUGUCAAUACUCAAACUCCGCUGGGCGAUACGUUGUCCUCGGAUGAUGGUAGUCAGAGUACUUCACCGGACGAAGCGGCUGCCGCAACAAGCGCAUCACCCAGAAUCAAUCGAUUUUUAGCCCGAGAACCGCCUGAUGGUUGUGAAAAGGUGAGCCUCAAACUGACUGAAGCUGAUACCAGUACAAACACAACACAUUUCAAGCCUUGUGUUGCUUUCCAACUGAGACCCUCGCUGGGAUCUGCGUUCCAACCGUUGCAACCGAUUUCGACGCUAAAAACUACGCCUGAAGACGAUGGUAACGCCGAGGAACCGGAAGCGAAUCCUUCCGAACAGGCAAGCGAAGUGCAGGAUACUGCAAACUGAGCAGCAUUCUUCGUCUACUAGGAGUGGCUCGGAUCGCAGGGCUAUAUAAUUGCUUAUUGGAGCGCCGCACACUGAAUAUAACGGUAGGUACAACUGAAAAGUCGAUUCAAUAUCAUUUUUUAAAAACAUACAAUUACAACCGUUAAUCUGUCGAGUGCAAAAGAAUUAAAACCCAAAGUCGUGGAAUUCAACUGUUUAAUCAAUUUCUUGUAUAAUAACGUAGUUGCUUCGUAAGGUAGGAUGAUGAGAGCCAGGAUUGUGCUUUUAACAAUCGUUUCGUUCAUAAGGGCUUACUGUUGUUAUGUUUGCAAUGGCGUAAUAAUUUUUUAUUUGAAAAGACAACUAUUUAAGUUGAUAAUUUUUUAUUUCCGUAUUGUUUUUCUGUAAACCAGUUGGCAUUUUUAGAAUGUCUAUGUGUGUGCGUGUGAGUGUGUAAAUAGCAUCUAUAGUACGGCAAACGUCUAUAGUACAGAAACGUAAUAAAAUUUCCUUUCCAGUUUUGAAGCAACAAGAUUUAGGCCAUUAUAUUCCGAAGACAGAAAACAAUAAAAACGGAAGAUAUCAAUCAGGAACUGAAAUGACUACACACUAUUUGUAUUGUGCAUUACAUAACUAGAAGAGGGCAUAGCAAUGAGAGACUUUAUACAGGAUAACAUUUUGGUACCGCUUAGAUGUCUAUAUAGAAAAAGUCAACAGGGCUGAGUUUUGCGGCUUUCCGAGUUAAACAGAAGUAAAGAACAUAUUUAGAACGCAAUUAUGAUUUAUUCUUAUUUUUAAUCUCUUCUUUUGCACACUAAGUACCGCAUACGAUUUUCAAUUAAUCAUACAUUUAUUUCCAGUCGUGUGUUAUAUAAGCUCAACUACCCUCGUGUGUUUAGCAAACAAUUCCAUUGUACAAAUGACUUUGCUGAAUUGCUUCGAAUAUUUUGCUAAAAAACAUACAUUUUCCCUCUAACAAAGAUAGUAGAUUUCGCUAUAAACCCAUUUUAUAAUUGGUUUGUGAUCCUUCGAUAACCGAUACCAUAACAUACUUGUACGAAGAAAAAAAACAAUAGAAUCAAAACAACCAAUGCUAUAUUUUGCUACACUGAAUUUCUACACACGUAUGCAACAGUCAGUAAAAAUUAGCAUUCAACCAGAAAGAAAACAGUAGAAAUCAUUCAACAAAUCAUCUAAUAAAACUACAUAUUAUUCUGCAGAAUAGAAAGUGUGAACGCUUUGUAAAUGAAUAAUGGAGGCUUUCAUAUUUUCGAACGGAAUGAGCGAGAACGAGAAAUUGAGAAUUUUCUAUUUAAUUGAGAGUUGUCGCGGAAAGUUGCAUUAAGCAAUGUCGGUACCAAAAAAGGAAGUGCAUAAUGCGUUAGUUUGAUUAGUUAUCCAACCGCAGCCGUGAGAACAUCAGUUGGUAGUUUCUGUAAUUAUGAAAUACAAGUCUUAAAAGGACCAAACGAUAGGGGCAAACAAUGGAUUGGCAUUUUCGUGUGUGCUGGUUUCGCGUUAUUAGAUGUACGUUUUGAUUAUUUUUGCCUGGUGUUACAUUCCCAACGUGGUUAUAAUGCAUUGCAUAAAUUCGUGAUACAAAUUAGGAUGCAGCAACCGAAAGCAGGAACAAACUGAGUAGAAAUGUUAUUUAAUUCCAAUAUACAGCCCAGUAUUAAAAAUGGGAAGCUUUCUAUGCUCAAAGCAAGUUGAAAAAAUGUUGUUAUGCGUCAUGAAAUGAAACGAGACAGAAACGAAUUUUGAUGGGCUGUAAAUAGUGAUGUGAAGACGCCGUAGUUAUAGCCCCUACUCACUUUCAUCGAUUCAAGAAACAUUUAGUACCAUUUUGGUAACGAACAAAUUGAAAUAGUAGGUUAUUUUUUGACUAAAAGUUUGCUGCUGUAAUACUACCGACUCAAUAAUUCGCUAAUAAAUAUUCCCAAAUAAUAAAUGUACAAAUCUAUCGUUUUAAGAUUUAUGUUAAGUAAUAUUGCAGAGAAAAUGUUGAAAAUAUUUCUUUAAACGUAGUAUACUAAGUUAAUACUAAUAAUAAUCACUCAGUGAAAAAUAAACAUGAUCUGUGCUAUAGUACACAUUUCAACGGACAUCAUACAAGCAAAUUGAUCGCACAGUGCAAGAAGAAAACGUUGAUAGUACGAAAACAAAACGUUACGAUUCAGAUAGUUGCUGAAUAUGGUGAAAAAAAAACUUCGUAAUUCAUGUUGCAUUCGAGCGUUACCAACAGAUGCGCCAUGUUGCGACAGCAGACUGUCAUUGCCCUGGGUUGGGGGCCAGCAAACUGUCGCACGUACAAUUAUCUAGUGGUAUAUGCCUGUGUAUAUGAGCCUUCUUCAAACGGUUCGUUAGACGACAUUAGCUUCAACUUAAUGAUUUAGUUGAUGUGUUUUACUUUCGUUUAGUUAUUGCAUUCUGAAAAGCAUUUUGUUAUAUAUUUUUGCUAAGCAUUUCAA